UGAGGUUCGUUGUGUUAUGUAUUAUAUAUUAUAUUAUAUAUUAUGUGAAUUUGAACAUCAUCCUCACUAUUGAAAUAUUAUUCAAGCUUCUAUCUUGAGCGGCGACCACCUCAUACACAUUUAAUCAUGAGGUCAAGGUUCCAUCAGUUGAAGAAAGUGGUAUGUGAGAAAUAUAUGGCUUGAAAAUUGUCUUUCCCCGCCCAGCAAAUGCACUUUGAACGAUCCAAGAGACAUGACGAGCUGACACUUAAUUGUUCUCAUAGAAAAUCCGUCAAACAUGGAAUAAAAUCAAUUUAUACAAUCUGUCAAGAUACAAGCCCAGGCCGGAGGGUAACACCUUCUUUCAGCAAAAAUGGAAAGCAAAGUCGUUGAGUCGAGCAUAUCACGGAGAACAAAUUCGAGAGGGGCAAUGGACAAGAAUGUUUAGACCGAGAGCGAAAGCCGUUAUCCCUAUGGAUUAUAAAUAUUUAGCUGAACAUGAUGGUUCUGAAUUGGCUGCUGGACGAGGAUCUGGAUUAGAGAGACCAAAAGGUACCGGGAGUGCCGCACAAUUCAACAGGAAUCAAAUACCUUAUAUGUCCAUGGUCUACGCACCUAUCGAAAGACGAUUGGACACGGCCAUCUUCAGAGCGUUAUUUGCAAGUAGUACGAGACAAGCAAGACAAUUCGUGGUGCAUGGAAAGGUUAAGGUCAAUGGGAAGAAGGUAUGGAAUCAGUUGUAUCUGAGGCUAGGCUUUACUAUUCACUCACACAAUAUUAGAUGCCAUAUCCAGGAUAUCUUCUAAACCCAGGAGACAUGUUCCAAGUAGACAUUGAUAGAGUACUUUUCGCAACUGGUGCUCCAAAAACCGCAGACCAAAUCAAAAGUGGCCGAGGUCUCAGAAGGUCCCUCCGCGCAAUGAAUGAUCAAAAGGCCAAAAAUGCCGCCGCCAAAAAAGAAAAAGAAGCUGCCGCCGCCGUCGCAAGAGAGGAAGGAGGAGAAACCACAACUCCUAAAGAAACGCCUGAAUCCAAAGAAAAGGACGAAAAGGACAGACUCCGCAUGGAAUUUCGAACUCUUCAGGAACACGCCGAUGUUCUCCUGACCGAUAGCAAAAAUUCCCCCUCUGGCAAACGCAAGAUCGCCCUCCGCAAACUCAAGCGCGAAAUUCGAGCCACCCUCUCACAACUAAACCGCAAAUCCGUCGCCGACCUAACCUCCAUCCUCAACUCCUACACAACCAAACUCGCCAAAUCCGAAGAUUUGGAAACGCUUGCUGCAGGAGCUCCAGCAGUCAUCAAUGCAGAAGAAGCACCUGAUUACCAACAAAAAUUAAAAUUGGCAAUUCAACGAGCGAAGGAAAAUCCAAUUGAUGAAUCGAAACCUUAUAUGACCCCUUGGCAACCAAGACCUUACAUGAGUGCCUUUGCAUUUAUUCCUAGGUAUCUAGAGGUUAAUCAGAAGAUUUGUAGUGCGGUUUACCUUAGACAUCCCGUGGCGAGACCAGGGUUGAGUGAAGUUCCUAGUCCAUUUUCGAUGGAGCUCCUGCAGUUGGCGCAUAAUUGGUAUUUGAGAAGGAGGUAGAGAGUGAUACAUAUGUAGAUGGGCAGUGUACGGAAGGUAUUGAAAGCAGAUAGUGAAGGGUUUCAAAAGAAGUAGAGUAAGACGAGCAGAUGGCAUAGGCAAGUGCAUGAUCGAUAUGUGAUAUUCGAUUUGUAUGAAGAAAGACACUGUAUUAUACAUCCUAAAGCCUAGAUGGAAUAUGAUGAGAUAAAAUCAUUAUAUAUAUGAAUAUAUAAAUAAACUAAAGGAUUAAAGAU